GAUAUUGAAAUGAUUUCACAAAUGAAUGUAUGACACCAGAUAAAGUGGCAAGAACAAUUGGGAGCUUUAGAAGAAAUCAAUCAUUCAGCUGAACAUAGUGCAAAAAAUCAAAAAUGAGCGAAGAAUUGGAUGUGAAUAUGAGAUGCGUGCAGUACAUGCUGUUCGUAUCCAAUUUUCUUUUUGUGAUGAUCGCUCUUUUGCUAAUAUCUAUUGGUACAAUUAUCAAGGCAAUGUAUGAAGACUUUGAAUUUUUCCUGGAAUCAGACUAUUGCAGUCCAUCUGAUAUUCUAAUUUUUUGUGGUUUUGUCAUUUUCUUUGUCGCCUUCUUUGGAUGUUGGAGUGCGAUGAGAGAAAGUACUCUACUGGUCAACAUCUAUGCCCUCUUUUUAAUAAUUAUUCUAUUCUUGGAAAUAACUGCUGCAAUAUAUGCAGUUACCAUGAGAGUCGAUCUCCGAAGUACAAUUACCAGAAACAUGAAUGAAACUUUCCACCUUGUGGAAACUGAUAUAGCAGUCCGAAGUGCGUUUGAUUUCACACAAAGCCAGCUGAUGUGUUGUGGUGUACUAAGACCCUCUGACUGGCAAUUGUUACCAAGUUAUAAAUUGGGAAAUUUCCCCCAAAGCUGUUGUACUGGAUACGACUUCUAUGGAAACAACAAUUUCUCUUGCCCAUCCGGUCUUAAUCACAAACUUUACAUUACUCCUUGUUCAAAGCAGGUCACAGAAUUGGUUUCACAAACCUCUUUCCUUCUCACAACUGGAGCAUUAUGUGUUGCAUUUAUUCAGAUAAUUGGAAUAAUAUUCGCCCGAUUGCUGUCUAAUACCAUCAGGAAGUUAAAGACGGAAAGGUUGGUUGAAGCUGAAUUACGCAGACAACAGAUAUAUUCGCAAAUUAUUCUUGGGGCAACUUUGAAUGGGGAUUGUGCCGAAGCUCACACAACUGCUGCGUCCGAGGCUUAAUAACAUCUCAAAGUAAUAUACAUAAGUUUCAAAUAUGUGAAUCCUAAAGAUUGUAGAAUUCUCGUGUAAAUACACUUGAGUACGAAGUUAUAGACGUAACCUUUUCAAAUAAAGUUUUUAUUUCUGC